AGAAGAAAACGCUCACUUGCCCGCCGUUCCAAGGCCUUUGGCUUGGGGGCCUCCGGGUGUUUGCCCGGGCGCGCGCGCGCAAGGGUUCUUGGUGGUACCGCCGAUGGCGGCUGGCCAGGGCCCGUCCAAGAAGGGGGCCCGCCUGAAGGCGGAGCGGGCAGCCCAGACAGCCGCGCCCGACGCCGAGGAGAAGCAGCCCAAGGCGAAGCCGCCCCGGAAGAAGGCGCGGGCCGACGUGGAGGCGGCCGACGCGGUGGACCCGGCGCCGAAGAAAGCGGAAGGUACAGGCAGAUGCCUCCGGCUCCAUGGAGGUGGCCGACGAGAAGAACAUCUCGGAGUCCACGCGGCAGGUGCUGAAGGACCGAGGCAUCACCACGCUCUUCGAGAUCCAGAGUCAGGCGUUCGCCCCCGCCUUCGCUGGGAAGGACGUGGUCGGGCGCGCCAAGACCGGCUGCGGCAAGACGCUCGCCUUUGUGCUGCCGUGCGUGGAGCGGCUGCGAUCCCUGGGCCUCGUGGCCAGGAAGGGCCCGAAGCGGACGCCCCUGUCUCUCCCGUGGCGCCGACGCGCGAGCUGGCCCGCCAGAUCUUCACCGACUUCGAGUCGGUGGGCACCGCCGCCGGCUUCGUGGCGCGGUGCUUCUACGGCGGCACGGCGUUCGGGCCGCAGUGCGACGACCUGCGGGCCGGCAUCGACCUGCUGGUCGGCACGCCGGGGCGCCUGCUCGACCACAUCAGGCGCGAGACCAUCGAUCUUUCCGCGUGCCAGGUACUGAUCUUGGACGAGGCGGACGAGAUGCUGUCGAUGGGUUUCCAAGAGGAUGUCGACGCGCUCAUGUUGGCGCUGCCGAAGGAGAAUGUUCAAAAGAUGCUCUUCUCGGCGACGCUUCCCAAGUGGGUGAAUGCGCUUGUCUCGAAGCACCUGCACGAACCGGUCUGGAUAGAUGUCGUUGGCAACGACGACACCAAUGCCACGAAUUCCAAGAUCACGCAUCAGUACGCUGGCGGAUCUUGCCCGCCUCACAUGCGGGGCGACUGCAUCGGAGAUUUGUGCAAGGUACAUGCUGGCUUCUUCGGCAAGACGCUUGUGUUCACGGAUACGAAGAAGGAAUGCGACGAACUGGCGGCCAACGAGAAGCUCGCCGCGCUCGGCGCUGGGGUGCUGCACGGUGACAUCGGACAGAACCAGCGAGAAGCUGUCAUGGACGGUUUCCGCUCAGGCCGCAUCAAAGUCCUCGUCGCCACCGACGUCGCUGCAAGGGGCCUCGAUGUUCCCAAUGUCGAGCUCGUGGUGCAGACGCACCCGCCCAGCGACUUGGACAUGUAUGUCCACCGCGCGGGCCGGACUGCCCGGGGCGGUCGCGAGGGCACCUCUGUGACGUUCUAUUCCAUGAAAGAAGAAUACGUCGUCCGGCUCUUGGAGCACAAGAAGGGCAUCAAGAUGCAGCGCGUGAGCCCCCCGCAGCCUUCAGAAGUUGUGAAGGCUGCCUCCCGCGAUGCGGUGAAACAGCUGGACCACGUGCACCAGGACAGCGUUGACGCGUUCAUGGAGAGGGCCAAGGAGCUCAUCGCCGAACGGGGCGCCGAGGUCAUACUGGCGGCCUCCCUCGCAGCCCUCACAGGGCACGCCAGGCGGCUGCGUGGUAGGUCGAUCCUCUCCGCCUUCGAGGGUUUCACUGCGAUAUUGCUGGAAUCCGAGCGGGGUAUUGAGAACACGUCCAAAGGCUGGUACCUCAUCCGGAGCAUGCUCCCGGAAGAGUGCAGGGAACAGUGCAAGGCCGUCCAGCUGUGCAACGACGGGAAGGCUGUGAUUUUUGACGCUCCCGACGAAUUGGUGCCUGGCAUUCUCCAGUCGAGCCUGUGGCGUGGAUGCAAGGUCUCGGUGGCAAAGGAGCUGCCCGAUCUACAGCAGCGCGACUGCGACAUGGAGAGCGCCGCGCGGCAACUGAGGGACCGCCGCCAGCAGGUCUGGCAGAACAUCAAGGAAAAGAAGGCCUCCGAGCGCUCGGACGGCGCCGGCGGCCGAGGCAAGGGCAGCGGCAAGAGCGGCGGCAAGGCCGGCGGCCGAGGCAAGGGCGGCGGCGCGGCCGAGGAGGCUGCUGCCGGCGCCGGCCGCGGCAGGGGUGGCGGCCGAGGGGGCAAGGGCGGGGGCCGAGGGGGCGGCCGUGGCUUUGCGUCGUAGCCGCGGGCGUCCGCGGAGGCGGCCUGCACUUCCGGCUUCCUCCGCCGUCACCACCUCCUGUUCCUCUCCCCCUUAU